AUUAAAAACAACUUUAAGAAAAAAUUUAACACUGUUACAACUCAUUAAACACUGUUACAGUAUUUACAUUUUAUUUUUGUUUAUGUAACUAAUUUGAUUAUUGCAGGAUUAUUGUUGGAAGAAUUGAAAUAAAUUCCAACAAGACAUAAGAAACAAAUUACUAAUUAAUUUUUAAUGUAGUAUACAUUUUUAAUAUCACCUGUUUAUACAAGAAAAUUGUACAAUAUUAAAUUGCAUCAUGACAUUCUCUGAGUACAUACAAACUUUAUCCGAUAAUCCAUACUUUGGUGCUGGCUUUGGUCUUUUUGGACUUGGGGCUGGAGCUGCUUUGUUAAGAAAGGGAGCCCAAUUUGGAGCUGUACUAUUCAAGCGACAUUAUAUGAUCACUCUGGAAGUACCAUGUCGUGAUAAGAGCUAUCAGUGGAUUCUCCAAUGGAUUACUCAUAAAGGUGCACGAAAGACACAACACCUCUCCGUAGAGACUAGCUUUGAGCAGAAAGAAACUGGUCAUGUGAAAACCAAAUAUGACUUUAUUCCAAGUAUAGGAACUCAUUUCUUCAAAUAUAAGGGGAAUUGGAUAAAGGUUGAGAGAACGAGAGAGCAACAGACCUUAGACCUACACAUGGGUGUGCCAUGGGAAACUGUGCAGCUAACAGCGUUCGGCAAAAACAGAAAUAUAUACUUUAGUAUUCUCGAAGAAGCCAGACAGAUGGCUUUGAAAGAGCACGAGGGAAAGACUAUAAUGUACACUGCCAUGGGAAGCGAGUGGCGACAGUUUGGACACGCCAGGAAGAAGAGACCAUUAGAAUCUGUCGUUUUGGAUACCGGUGUUUCUGAAAGAAUAAUAAACGAUUGUCGGGAAUUCAUCAAUAAUCCGGCAUGGUACAGUGAAAGAGGUAUUCCAUAUCGUCGAGGCUAUUUGUUACAUGGACCUCCAGGAUGCGGAAAAUCUUCAUAUAUUACCGCGUUGGCUGGAGAUUUGGAACGCGGCAUUUGCGUUUUAAAUUUAUCUGAGAGAGGUUUGACGGAUGACAGAUUGAAUCACUUAUUAGCUGUGGCUCCACAGCAGACUAUUAUCUUGCUUGAGGAUAUUGACGCUGCUUUUAGCAGUAGAGAAGAAUCUAAGCAAGUUAAAGCAGCAUAUGAGGGUCUCAAUAGAGUGACAUUUAGCGGUUUAUUGAACUGCUUGGAUGGUGUAGCCUCCACAGAAGCUAGGAUAUUAUUUAUGACAACUAAUUAUUUGGACAGAUUAGAUCCUGCGCUUGUUAGGCCAGGCAGAGUCGAUGUCAAAGAAUACAUUGGUUGGUGUAGUACAAGUCAAGUCGAACAUAUGUUUCUGCGAUUCUACAAGGAACCAGGUAAAGAUCCUGGUGUACUGGCAAAAAAAUUUGCAGAGAACGUAAUGUCCUUUGAAAGAAACGUUAGUCCGGCGCAGAUUCAGGGAUACUUUAUGUUCCAUAAAAAUAAUCCCGAGGCGGUUAUAAAUAACGUCACACAAAUUUGGGAACUUACAUGAUAAAAUAUGAAAAUGUAGCUAUAAUUGGAAGUAAAGGUACAUGUUGAUGAUUA